CUUUGGCAUAUACACACAGUCCACCACUGUAGGAUGUCACUCUCUCUGUCCACACCCAGAGUGCUCUCACACAUACACCGAUGUUGAACACAUACACUGGACCGACUGGCUCCUGAAAACAUCAACCCUCCAUUGGCUCUCUGACGCACACACAUGCAUGCAAACACUCAUCAUACCCAGCAAAUCUCUACACCAGACACACUGGCAGCUCAGCAUGAAUUUGUGCCUGUUGCUCCUGCUCUCUGUGCUUUGCCUGACAGCUGAUGUCUGCGCUGCGAAGGUGUGUAGCCUUCAGGACGUGGUGGACCAUCUGAACCUCACCGCCAACAGGAACAGGCUGACCACGGUGCGGCCUGUGCGAGACUGGACCGUGCCUACAGUUGUGCACCUGGACAUCUUUAUCUACGCCAUUUUAUCUGUGCAGCAUGAGAAAAGUCAAACAUUCACUCCCUAUAUAUGGAUUAUGACUUAUUGGAAAAACGAUUUCAUCUUCUGGGAUCCAGAGGAUUUCUGUGGGAUCCAGCAAAUCAUUAUUCCCCAACACCUGCUCUGGAAGCCGGAUCUGAUCAUCUAUGAGACGAUGGACAAGACUGAAGCCUCUGAAAGUCCGUACCUGGUGGUGAAACACAAUGGCGAGGUCUUGAUGGACAGCAACAUAAAGGUGGUAUCCACAUGUGCCAUAGAUGUCCUCAAGUUUCCCUUUGACACCCAGAAAUGCAACCUCACUUUUUCCUCAGCAGUGCACACAGACAAGGAGAUUCAGUUGGUUCCUGUGUCCAACUCCUCUCGUGCGACCAAGAACUCACAAGAAAUCAUGCAGACCCAGGGAGAGUGGGAGUUCCUCAAUGUCUCUGUGCACACCAAGACACUGGACAUCGCAGAACUGGGCAGUUGGGACCUAGUGGUCUACACGAUCACCAUAAGGAGGGUUCCUCUGCUGUACGUGCUGACCUUCAUCAUCCCCAUCCUCUUCUUCCUCACUCUGGACCUGGCGUCCUUCUUCAUGUCGGACACACGCGGGGACAAGCUUUGCUUUAAAGUUACAGUGCUGCUGGCCAUGUCUGUGUUACUGCUCAUCCUCACUGACACUUUACCCUCAAAAGCUAAAAAAACUCCACUCAUAGCGGUGUAUGUGAUCGUGGUGUUUGCCUUCAUGCUGCUGAGCGUGCUGGAGACCAUCCUGGUGGUGUACCUGAUGGAGAGGGCCUCCACACAGCAGGCCAGACGGCUGGGCAGGGGUGUCAGCUGCAGAAGGGCCCCCAGCCCCGAGGGCCUCCCCAACAGCGACACCGUAGGAAAGAGGACGUCUGUGAUGAGCAGAUCUGUCUGUGGAGAGGACGGGGUCCGUCAGCUGGAGACCCUCCCCAUGGUGAACCCCCCUGAUCCUGACACCGAGGAGGGGGCUGAGGGGCGCUGCCUCAGCCACUUCCUGCGCCUCAUCCUCCAAGAGCUGCAGACCGGUAGAACCCAGCAGAACCCAGCGCUGGAACACGGGCGAGCCUGGUACCAGAACACUGUGGUCCGGCCCAUAAACACCGCCUUCUUCCUCCUCUACCUGCUCUCCAUAUCCGUCUUCUUACUCUGUCUCUUCCUGGACUGGGUCUACUGGUAGACAACAAAGAGAGGAACACAGUCAACAAUGUUGAGCAGCUCUCCAGAGCUAUGUAGGCUAUUGUUAUUAUUAGUAGUAGUAUUGGUAUUAGCUAUUCUAAUCAAACUUAGCUUAUGGAUUAUGAAUUGUAUUUGUAUGCUGAUAGACAGUCUCAGUCACAGUACUGGUUCCAACACUCUUUGCAUGCUUGGGGGUGGGGGUUGUGAGGUUGUUGAUAAGUGUCAUAGUUUUGUCCUAUAAUAACACAGAUUGUAUAGUCAUGGGAUCAAUGUGAGGGCCUAGUGAGAUGUGUG